AUGUCGAUUGUGCUCGAAGCUGCCGUUUUUCAUGACCUUUGGUUUUGGCACGCUUUCUUUGGCAUGCCCAGUCGCAUGAACGACAUCAACGUUCUUCAGCGGUCCCCAUUGCUGCAUUCUAUUAUCACAGGCAAGAUGCCAUCAGUCAAUUACGUGGUCAACGGAAGUCCAUACUCCAUGCCCUAUUGGUUAGCUGAUGGAAUCUAUCCAAACUGGCCGAUUUUCAUGAAAUCCAUUCCCUAUACUCAAGGAGCCGUAAGGAAACAUUUUGCAAUGGUGCAAGAAGCGUGCCGUAAAGAUGUCGAACAAGCUUUCGGUGUCUUACAAAAGCGAUUUGCCAUUGUUAGGAACUCAGCCCGUAGUUGGUAUCAAGAGAAACUGUCCUCAAUCAUGAGGGCCUGCAUUAUAUUACACAACAUGAUUGUUGAAGAUGAAAGGUACUCUCCGGAUUUUGCCUCAGACCAAGAGUUUGAGACAGGCGAGAUUCGUCCGGUUCGCCGAUGCCGUUGCCAUCGAAGGAUAGUGCAACCAAUUGAGAUCUAUCGUACUGCCAUUGAAGAUCUGCCCGCAUAG